CAGACAGCCAGAGAUCGGGAGGGAGGAGGGCGGAGGAGGAGGAGCAGGAGGAGGACUACGCGGGGCGCGUUCCCUCCCAGCCGGGCUCCCGCGUCGCUGCCGCCGCCGGAAGACAGACGCCCCCCAAAGCCCCUCGCCUGGCUCGGACCCACGGAGCCGGCAGCCCAGCACUCCGAUGGGAGCGUGCCUACCUGUCUACCCAUUGGCCUGGACCCCAGAGCCUGCCCAGCUAAGUGCGUGCAGAGGGCCCCGGUUUCGGGGCAACUCUCAGGCCGCCGCAGGGACUACCCUGGAAUCACUGGCGAAGACAGGCCUUUCCUGCUGAGUCGGACCUUGUCUACACAGCCUGCUCAGGCGCUGUCCACGCCCCGAGGCCUGGGCUCAGGCCGAAGCUGCUCCCCAGCACCCCCAGCUGACAGCCAGCAACCGGCAGAGCCCCCAGGCACGGGGGCCCUCUCUCUCCCAGAUCCCCUUUUGCCUGUCUUGUCGCCCACAGAGAUCUCCGGUGUGACAGCCCAGGCGGCAGAGCCGAGGGUCUUGGUCCCGGCUUCUCGCACCCUCAUGUCAGCCCCGGCCCCGCCCGGCGGCCCGCGGAGGACAAGGUCAGGAUGCGUGUGAAGCCCCAGGGCCUGGUGGUGACUUCCAGUGCCGUGUGCAGCUCUCCUGACUACCUCCGGGAGCCCAAGUACUACCCCGGCGGCCCCCCUACCCCACGGCCCUUGCUUCCCACCCGGCCCCCCGCCAGCCCACCUGACAAGGCCUUCGCCCACACCUUCUCCGAAAACCCACGCCCGCCCCCACGCCGGGACCCCAGCACCCGGCGCCCACCAGUCCUUGCCAAGGGGGACGACCCGCUGCCCCCAAGGGCAGCCCGUCCCAUCUCGCAGGCCCGCUGCCCCAUACCCGCCGGAGACGGCAACAGCUCCCGACGUCGCUGGGACAACGGGCGGGUGAACCUGCGGCCAGUGGUGCAGCUGAUUGACAUCAUGAAGGACCUGACGCGGCUCUCCCAGGACCUGCAGCACAGCGGCGUGCACCUGGACUGUGGCGGCCUCCGACUCAGCCGCCCACCUGCCCCGCCUCCUGGCGACCUUCAGUACAGCUUCUUCUCCUCACCCAGCCUGGCCAACAGCAUCCGCAGCCCUGAGGAGCGGGCCACCCCCCAUGCUAAGUCUGAGAGGCCCAGCCACCCGCUGUAUGAGCCUGAGCCCGAGCCGAGGGACAGCCCCCAGCCUGGCCAAGGCCACAGUCCCGGAGCCACGGCCGCGGCCACCGGUCUGCCCCCGGAGCCCGAGCCAGACGGCCCCGAUUACUCGGAACUAGCUGACGCCGACAUCCUUAGCGAGCUGGCCUCCCUUACUUGCCCCGAGGCCCAGCUGCUGGAGGCCCAGGCCCUUGAGCCGCCAUCUCCUGAGCCAGAGCCUCAGCUCCUGGACUCCCAGCCCCGCUUCCUGGACCCACAGGCUCUAGAGCCGCUCGGGGAAGCUUUGGAGCUGCCGCCCCUGCAGCCACUUGCUGACCCCCUGGGGCUGCCAGGCCUGGCUCUCCAGGCCCUAGACACCCUGCCCGACUCCCUGGAGUCGCAGCUGCUUGACCCUCAGGCACUUGACCCCCUGCCCAAGUUGCUUGAUGUCCCUGGCCGCCGUCUGGAGCCUCAGCAGCCCCUGGGGCCCUGCCCACUGGCCGAGCCCUUGCGCCUGGACUUGUGCUCACCCCAUGGCCCCCACGGGCCUGAGGGGCACCCCAAGUACGCCUUGCGGCGCACUGAUAGGCCAAAGAUCCUGUGUCGCCGGCGGAAAGCUGGGCGGGGACGCAAGGCAGACGCCGGACCGGAGGGCCGCCUGCUGCCCCUGCCUAUGCCCACAGGGCUGGCAGCUGCCCUGGCCGAGCCCCCGCCACCACCCCCUCCACCGCCUCCUGCCCUGCCAGGCCCAGGCCCAGUCCCAGAGCUGGAGCCAGAAUCCUCCCAGACUCCAGUGGCCCCUGCCCGCAAAGGCAAGUGCCGGGGUGUGCGGCGCAUGGUGGUGAAGAUGGCCAAAAUCCCGGUAUCGCUGGGGCGGCGGAACAAGACCACAUACAAGGUGUCGUCCUUGAGCAGCAGCCUCAGCGUGGAGGGCAAGGAGCUGGGCCUGCGCGUGUCAGCAGAGCCCACCCCGCUGCUGAAGAUGAAGAACAACGGACGGAACGUGGUGGUGGUCUUCCCGCCCGGGGAGAUGCCCAUUAUUCUCAAGCGUAAGCGCGGCCGCCCUCCCAAGAACCUGUUGCUGGGCCCUGGCAAGCCCAAGGAGCCAGCGGUGGUGGCGGCCGAGGCGGCCACUGUGGCGGCCGCCACCAUGGCCAUGCCAGAGGUGAAGAAGCGGCGGCGGCGGAAGCAGAAGCUGGCCUCUCCCCAGCCGUCCUACGCAGCAGACGCCAAUGAUAGUAAGGCCGAGUACUCUGACGUCCUCGCCAAGCUGGCCUUCCUGAACCGCCAGAGCCAGUGCGCUGGGCGGUGCUCACCCCCCCGCUGCUGGACACCCAGCGAGCCCGAGUCGGUACACCAGGCACCCGACACCCAGAGCAUCUCCCACUUCCUGCACCGGGUGCAGGGCUUCCGGCGGCGUGGUGGUAAAGCAGGCGGUUUUGGUGGCCGGGGUGGGGGCCACGCAGCCAAGGCAGCCCGGUGCUCCUUCAGUGACUUCUUUGAGGGCAUCGGCAAGAAAAAGAAAGUGGUGGCGGUGACAGCUGCUGGCGUGGGGGGUCCCAGCCUUGCUGAACUGGGACACCCACGUAAACGGGGCCGGGGGGAGGUGGAUGCCAUGACUGGGAAGCCCAAGCGCAAGAGGCGGUCCCGGAAGAAUGGGACUCUGUUCCCGGAACAGGUGCCUAGCGGCCCAGGCUUCGGGGAGGCAGGUGCCGAGUGGGCUGGGGACAAGGGCGGUGGCUGGGCCCCUCACCAUGGACACCCAGGUGGGCAAGCCGGCCGAAACUGUGGGUUCCAGGGGACCGAGGCCCAGGCCUUUGCCUCCACUGGGCUAGAGAGCGGGACUUCGGGCCGCGGCAGCUACUACAGCACAGGGGCCCCUGCGGGCCAGACCGAGCUCAGCCAGGAGCGCCAAAACCUCUUCACCGGCUAUUUUCGCUCCCUGCUCGAUUCGGAUGACUCCUCCGACCUCUUAGACUUUGCCCUCUCAGCCUCUCGCCCCGAGUCCCGGAAGGCAUCAGGCACCUACGCAGGGCCCCCCACCAGCACCCUGCCUUCCCAGCGGGGCCUGGCCACCUUCCCCAGCCGGGGAGCCAAGGCCAGCCCAGUGGCCGUGGGCAGCAGCGGGGCUGGUGCAGACCCCUCCUUCCAGCCGGUCCUGCCCUCUCGCCAGACCUUCCCGCCAGGCCGGGCAGCGAGCUAUGGGAUAACUCCGGCCACUUCCGACUGCCGGGCAGCUGAGACCUUCCCGAAACUGGCGCCCCCACCCUCAGCCGUGGCCCGCUCACCUACCACCCACCCGCCCACCAACACCUACCCACCCCAAUAUGGCGGCUAUGGGGCUGGACAAAGCGUUUUUGCCCCAGCUAAGCCCUUUACGGGCCAGGACUGUGCUAACAGCAAGGACUGCAGCUUCGCCUACGGCAGCGGCAACAGCCUGCCUGCCUCUCCCAGCAGCGCCCACAGCGCCGGCUACGCCCCACCGCCUACUGGGGGCCCCUGCCUGCCACCCAGCAAGGCCUCCUUCUUCAACAGCUCUGAGGGGGCCCCCUUCUCUGGUUCAGCCCCCACACCCCUGCGCUGUGACAGCCGGGCCAGCACCGUCUCCCCCGGCGGCUACAUGGUACCCAAGGGCACCACCGCCUCUGCCACUUCCGCUGCCUCUGCCGCCUCCUCCUCCUCCUCCUCCUUCCAGCCCUCGCCUGAAAACUGUCGGCAGUUUGCGGGGGCUUCUCAGUGGCCUUUCCGGCAGGGCUACGGAGGCCUGGACUGGGCCUCGGAGGCCUUCAGUCAGCUCUACAAUCCCGGUUUCGACUGCCACGUCAGCGAGCCCAACGUGAUCCUGGACAUCUCCAACUACACGCCCCAGAAGGUGAAGCAGCAGACAGCCGUGUCUGAGACCUUCUCCGAAUCAUCCUCCGACAGCACCCAGUUCAAUCAGCCGGCCGGCGGCGGUUUUCGGCGUGCCAACAGCGAGGCCUCGAGCAGUGAGGGCCAGUCGAGCCUGUCCAGCCUGGAGAAACUAAUGAUGGACUGGAACGAGGCGUCCUCUGCCCCCGGCUACAACUGGAACCAGAGCGUCCUCUUCCAGAGCAGCUCCAAGCCGGGCCGUGGACGGCGGAAGAAGGUGGACCUGUUCGAGGCCUCACACCUGGGCUUUCCGUCCUCCGCCUCGGCCACUGCCUCAGGCUACCCAUCCAAACGGAGCACCGGGCCCCGGCAACCACGGGGCGGACGGGGCGGUGGGGCCUGCUCGGCCAAGAAGGAGCGAGGCGGUGCCGCAGCCAAAGCCAAGUUCAUCCCCAAGCCGCAGCCAGUCAACCCCCUGUUCCAGGACAGCCCAGAUCUUGGCCUGGACUACUAUAGCGGAGACAGCAGCAUGUCGCCCCUGCCGUCCCAGUCGAGGGCCUUUGGUGUGGGUGAGCGAGACCCUUGUGACUUCAUGGGGCCCUACUCCAUGAACCCGUCCACCCCUUCUGACGGCACCUUUGGCCAAGGCUUCCACUGCGACUCGCCCAGCCUGGGUGCGCCCGAGCUAGACGGCAAGCAUUUCCCGCCGCUGGCCCACCCGCCCACGGUGUUUGAUGCUGGCCUGCAGAAGGCGUACUCCCCGACCUGCUCACCCACGCUGGGCUUCAAGGAGGAGCUGCGGCCGCCACCCACAAAGCUGGCUGCCUGCGAGCCCCUCAAGCACGGGCUCCAGGGGGCCAGCCUGGGCCACGCAGCUGCGGCCCAGGCCCAUCUUAGCUGUCGGGACCUGCCGCUGGGCCAGCCCCACUAUGACUCCCCCAGCUGCAAGGGCACAGCUUACUGGUACCCGCCAGGCUCAGCCGCCCGCAGCCCGCCCUAUGAAGGGAAGGUGGGUACGGGGCUGCUGGCUGACUUCCUGGGCAGGACGGAGGCCGCGUGCCUCAGUGCCCCACACCUGGCUAGCCCACCGGCCACGCCCAAGGCCGAAAAGGAGCCACUGGAGAUGGCCCGGCCGCCUGGCCCACCCCGUGGCCCUGCUGCUGCCGCUGCUGGCUAUGGCUGCCCGCUCCUUAGUGACUUGACCCUGUCCCCUGUGCCGAGGGACUCGCUGCUGCCCCUGCAGGAUACCGCCUACAGGUAUCCAGGCUUUAUGCCGCAGGCGCAUCCCGGCCUGGGUGGGGGCCCCAAGAGCGGCUUCCUGGGGCCCAUGGCGGAACCUCACCCUGAGGACACAUUCACCGUCACCUCCCUGUAGUGCCAACUGAAGUGCCGACUGGACCUCGAGGUUUUGUUCCUGGCUUUCAGAAAACCAACGCCAAGACCCCUCCCAGCGUCCACAUUGUCCUCUGGCAGGAGCGCCUGCCCCUCUGCCUCCAGCCCCACCCCCUGUACCCCUUGCACUCCCACAUCCCCCCACCCCUCCCUGCCCAUCUCCUCCACGCAGAAGCCGAAGGUGAGCCCUUUCUGCACAAAACCAGCAAUUGUAAAUACUUUUUAAAAAUGUACAAAACUUAAAAAACAAAACACAGUUUUAGAAAAAGACAAAAAAAAGAGAGAGAGAGAGCGCGAGCGUGUGCAAGAGGUUGCGAGCGGGGCCCCGAGGUGUCCAGAGCCCCUGCAAGUAUGCACUGAGAAAUUUAUCUACAGGUCGUUUGACAAAAAUGAACAAUAUCCUAUUUAUUGUAUAUACUGUUUUAUUAUAAAUCGUGGAUUGUAUAUUGCAUUCUGUAAACCUGCUGUGGUCCCGUGGUGUGCAAAUUCGCAUGGUAGGGGGGAGGGAGAAGAACCUCUUGCGGGAGCUUUUUUUUUUUUCUUUCUUUCUUAUUUUUCACUCUUUUGGGUUUUCUCUUCUGUUGUUGUUGUUGUUUUCUGUUUUGGCAGGACACACCCAAAGAUCCAAGUUUGUAUUAAAAAGAAAUGAAAAAAAGCA